CUCCCGCUAUUCCUUCCUUCCCUUCCAUCGGGCUCCCCUGUCGCGCCUGCCAGCACAGGCCCACUAGUCGAGUCUCUACUGAUGUAAUGAUUGUUUUUGUUUUUGUUAUUCACCCACUAUUUACCUGCUAACUCAUCGCGCUGAUGACGAUGACGAUGCCCGUGUCCCUGUUUCGGCCCGUUUGGUGAAGAAUGCAUGACCUGCGUGUUCGCUUUGGCGUCAUCCUAUGAGGACGUUCGCACGUGCGGCAAGUGCACGUGUGUGUCUCUACUGUGUACAGUACUUAUCGCCGAACUGUCCCGCAACGACGCCACUUUCUCUCUGGCUGAUGACGGAGGAUUAUUGCUUCCUUCUUCCUUCUUCCUUCUUCCCUUCGAGGGACCGCUUGGAUUGCAUCAAUUUGAUAGACACCAUUUGGAUCAAUCUUUUUUUCCCUAAUGCCUCGCUAACCCCCGUUUAUUAUUCCUCUCAAUCUAUCCAUCCAUCCCUCCCGCCGUGCCCCACUCUGCUAAUCCUCCUUCAUCACUAUGGACACCAAGAAGAAGCAUGAAAUCGAGGUCGCCCUGGCCAACGAGGCCCGCGCCAUCUCGUCGGGCAAGCUCAAGGAGGACAGUCCUCUAGACACCAGCGAGGAAUUUCGUCUGUUCUGCGAAGCAUGCAGGCGCGGCGACUUGAAGGUCUGCCAGGAAAUGCUCCAGGCCAACAUUCAAAUCAAUGCCAGAGACAUUUACGACUACACGCCUCUGAUCCUGGCUAGUUUGUGCGGACACUACGAAGUCAUCCAACUCCUCCUCGAGAAUGGCGCCUUGUGCGAGCGCGAUACUUUCCAGGGCGAACGGGCUCUCUACAACGCCUUGAAUGACCGCAUACGCAAUCUGCUCCUCAGCUACGACUACGCAAAGUCCACCAACCCUCUGCAGCCUCUUGCCGCCCACAUCACCUCGCUUCUUACCCGCCCCGUCCCCAAAACCGACGACAUCACCAUCACCGCCUACGACGACCAGACCUUCCACCUGCACAAGUUCCUGCUCGCCGCCCGCUCGCCUUACUUCGCAAAGAAGCUGGCUGCCGCCCCAAACACAGCCUCGUGGAAGCUGCCCAGCAAUAUACCUGCCGACUCGCUGGGGGUUGCUUUGCAAUACCUCUACUUCUCCGAGGUGUCUCUGCAAAGUGUCACGCGCGGUUUAAGCGAUGAAGAGGAGUUGGUUGUUCUCAAUGGGAUCGAUAAAAUCGGUCGCCAGCUGGAAAUGGACAGGCUGUUUGAAGACAUCACCGAGAUCUCGGACCGGCGACUACUGCGGCAGAAGAGGGCAGAAGAGUUGGAUCGCGGGCGAGAGCAGUUGGAAGACUGGUUCAAAAACAAUGUGCUGAGGAACAAAGUGGUAAUAGACACCGAAAAAGUGGACAGUAUCCAAUGGGAUAGAGACAACACCAUCUUCGCCGAUGUACUUCUGCGAGCAGACGAUGAGGAUGACGAGGAUGACGAAUUCUCUCCUGGCCCCUCGGAAUCAUCGACACCACGCUCGCGUAACACACUUGGGCCACUGAACGGGAUACCAGUCGGCCCCGUCAAAUCGCGUUCACCCUCCCGCCACCGGAAGCCUAGAAAAUCGACCGUGUAUGGGGUGCACAAGGCCAUGCUGCUGAGGUCAGAAUAUUUUCUGACCAUGUUCAAUUCACCGUUCCGCGAAGCUCAAUCCACGCCCUACCUGCAAAUCAUCAAGCUAGAUUGCACACCCCAAGUGCUAGAAACCAUCCUCACGUUUAUUUACACAGAGAGGUCGGAUUUUGGGCUGGACAUUGCAAUAGACGUGCUCUUCGCAGCGGACCAGCUUUUCAUCGAAAAGCUAAAGCAACGCGCCGCCCUCAUCAUAUCCUCUCUGGGCAACGGUACCACAUCGACGGUGGAGGCCGAAAACCCCCGCGGGGAGACGGACCAAGAAGACGCCAUUGAUGCAUACGAAAUCAUACGGGCUGGCUGGGACACGCGAGUGCAACGACUCGAAGAGUUUGGAGCGCGCUACAUCGCGUACAGGCUGGAACGAUAUAUUGACGAGCCCGAAUUUGCAGAGCUAGUGCAGGAAUCUGCAAAACGCGUCACAGCCCGACAGGAGACGGACACGGUCGAGGUAGUGGACGAUAUACGCUGGUAUCUGUCUGAGCGGUUCCGGUUGCGGUUCGAGGACACGCACUUCGACGAGAUGAUGGACGAGAAUAAAAUUCACGACAGAGAUCCGCUUGCAGCUGCAGUCAAGGAACUCGGUCUCUCGGACUCUGGUGCUGAGGCGCCACCGCUUCAAAGUGUACCUGACUUGGAGACUCAGCUCGGUGCGGGUGCGGUAAGGACUUUGGAUGGUGAAAUCGCUGGCGACGAGUUCGCUCAAGAUGCCAUCAAUUAUCAGAUCCUGCUUGGGAAAAUAGACGCUUUACUAGAGAGACUCAACCUAGACGCAUAG